AAAUUCACUACUAACAUGACAGUGAAUCCUGUCCUUCCACAACGACCUGCUCAACUUAUAUUAAUACGUUCGUGCAGCUGACAACUGUCCUUCCCCGUGUCGGCCAAAUCACUUGCGGGAUGCGAAUUGUCGCCCUUCGCUAGAAAACCAAGCGAGCACAAAAAGAAAGAUCUCCUUGUAAGACCUUGUACGACCAACACAGAACCAUGGAAAACAAAGCAACUUUUACCAUUGUACUCGAACGAAACGAUGGAGUCGUGCGAGCCCAAGCUUGGCUGAAAGGCACGGUACUGAUGGAAGUUCACGAAACUCUGCAGAAGCCACCAGGCAGUAUCGAAGUCAAGCUUGUCGGAAAAGAAAUGGCUAAUGACCGAAAGAAAGGUUUCCACCUUCCGCUUGGUAGUAACUGUCGUGAAAAAGAGAUUUUCGAAGAAUCUCGCGUACUCCAGAUCAUUUCUGAUAAAUUCGAAGGCGGCACCUUUUCCUACCCGUUUUCGAUAUAUCUACACGCAAGCAUUCCACCAAGUAUGGUAUGGGGAGACAAAAAGACGGGUUGCAAGAUCAAAUACAUAUUACAUGCCUCUAUUGAUGGGUUCCGCAGUGUAGAACGUGAACUUAGGGUGGUGGGUCCCCCGCUUAGUUCGCAGAAGCAUCCUUUUUUUCUACAGCCAACAGUAUUUCCUCUCAAAUCAAAGCUAAAGGUCAGUCAAGGAUACGUUAUUCUGGCAGUCAAGCUCGAAGAUUCGCAUCUUGGUAAAGGUGGUAAUGCCAACGUUUCUUUAUCUUGUCGAAACAAAUCAUCGCUGUCAAUUGAGAAAGCUCAGCUCCGCUUGACGGAAAGAAUUGAGUACGCAACCAGGCAAGGUACCCGCAAGAAAAAAAAAGUGCUCGGUAAGAUGCCUGAUGUUUCUCUAUCUGGCUUGGUGAAGCACACGACGGGGCGAGCUUCUUCUAUGCAGCAUGAGCCCGGAGGUGUUGAUGGCCUGGACUAUGUCGAGAUGCAAGGAGAUCUAUCCUUUCGACACAAUACUGUGCGGCUUCCAGUUCCCUUCAAAGCUCGUUGCUCUUACAAAGGCGACUUAAUUAAUAUUUCUCAUCAGAUCGAGGUGACACUCUUGAUGAAGGGUAAGACACAAGUGCCAAAAGUCAGGAUCCCUGUCAAAAUGUUCGAUCCACCAGUUCUGGAAACAGUAGUCCACUCACCAUCACAAGCAAAGAUCGACGAGGUCGCAACAACCAUUUGGCCUAGAGACGAUCCUACAUGUGUCCAUUCAGGGGCCGAAAGCACAAGCUCCUGUGGAACUCCGUCUAUCCAGGAAGAGUUGACGGCAAAAGAGCGCACCUUUUGACAAUACUCUGUCUGUGCUUUAUUUCCGUGAUGGAGAGUAUUGGUUUUAGGGCCAGCAAACGUCAGAAUUAAUGAUGACAAUUCCCUUUGAACAAUUUUAUGAAUUGUACUGAUUAUGAAUCAGACCGGAUAGUUGUGUGUUACAAACUGUGCCAAUCUAGAUAAGUGGGCCCAACAUGGGCUUUUUACGUAGAUGUUUACUUUGAGAAUCCG